AUGUGCGGAAAAGCCGAUACUGUUGUCUUCAUUGAGCUUGAUGCUGUUGAUAGUGCCGAUGACGAUGACGAUGACACUGCGUCACACGCACGAGGCUUAUGCCAACGGCGAUGCGACGCGAGAUUUGCCGGACAGCUGAAUACCUGUAAAAUGUUACGUUGUAUCAGCAAACUGAUUAUAGCAUCACACGCUUAUGCCAAUCACAUAUAG